AUGUUUCGACGUCCGAGCCUCUCAUCAUUACUCCAGAAUCUGAAUCUUGCGAAGCAAUACGAGAGGGCAACUACUCGACUGUCCGAUCACGAACGUUUCAAGGGGAUUCUCGCACAAGGCGAUGUUGAAGGUGCUGAUCGCCUAGUACGUGUUGCUAUGCAGAACCAUAGGAGCAUCUCCGAGAUUGUGGCACGAAUGUCGCGGGCUGCCUGUGGUCUCUAUCAGGCCAAGAGUUUUCAGGACAAGAACUACGAUGUCAUGGCACUAGCGGGGGCUUUGGGUGGCCCAAAACUGCAAUAUGCGAUGGCAGAGGCUCUAGGGUUACCAGCCAUCUCGACAACCAGCUCCCGCUCACGGCUACCUUCGCUGGAGGCAUCCAUCGGGUUCCCGCGGCUAUCUGAAUAUGCACACAACCUACUCGUCCUACACAACGCAGGGUUACUCCAUGGGACCUCGUCGGGCUCCGGCCAAACCCGACGCCGUGGAUGGCAGGCAAUGAUUGACGAAAUUGCUCUUGAAGAACGACCUCGCUAUGACAGCCGACGAGACGCAAUCCUCGGUAUUGCUCGCGAAACAUCACACGAAGUUGACAUUACAACUGUCACACUCGAAACUCUCCACGGUGCUGCAGACGCUCUGAAUGACGGGUCUCUGGCUCUGGCGAAGGAGGCGACCUUUGUAGGUCUCGCGGCAUAUGGUCGCGACGAUUACACUGUACUCCCUGUUAUGAUAUCUGGGACCAACAAGACGGAGCGCGACCAUUCUCAAGCGCGUUGGAUCCAGCUCGCAAUAGAUGCAUGGGAUGCUCCAAUACCCGACUUGAACACCACCUACGAGGAGCAGUACGGGGAGCUCUGGGCUCUUGGAUCCGACGGAGAUGCUACAAGACGAAGGGCUCUGCACUACCUACUGAUGUCAGAGACCUUGUCACCUAAUGACCGGCUGUACGACCGUCUUGGAAUGCUCCCGCGGAUGAACCUGCAGUGCGGUCAGAAGGCCCGUACAAUGACGAUCGACUUUAAGCAUAAAUUCAAGAAUUUCGCAAGCCUGUUGCGUGGCAAUAGUGGCCCGCUGGUUGCUGAUCACCAUGUUACACCUACCGAUCUGAAGCGCAAGUUCGCGGCAUUACUCGAUUACAGUGAGAAGAAGAUCACAACACUCUUCAACCACAAGGACCAUCAGAACGUCCCAAUCGCUGUCCAACUCCUCCUGUCACUCAAGAAGCUCGCUUUGGUCGAAGGCUUCACCAAUGCUGUCGAGAAUCGCCCACUUGCAUUGCUCGGACACUUUGUAGGCUACCUUGUCGAGCCUUUCAUCACACCAACUCUUUCACUCUCGGAACAGCUGACGAUGCUCUCUGCUGCUGCACAUCUGUGCUGUCUACUCUAUCGUCGAAAUCGGACGUCAUUCUGUCCUGGGCAGUGGUACUACGACAUGCAGACAUUCAUCAAGAAUAUCUUCUGGACCACUGCGAAGAUGAAGCUGCUC